AUGGCAUCCGACGAUUCAGCCUCUCUCUCAGCACAAGUCAACAAGCUCAACCUGACAGACUCACCGAACUCCCAAUCCUCAACGCAACCCUCCGAGCUCGUCGCCGUAGUCGAUGACUUACUCAACCAACUCUCCUCGAAAUUCAACAAUGUCUCGGCGGAGAUUUUGACGAAGAUGGACGACAUGUCCAAGCGACUCGAUGCGCUCGAGACACAGAUUCAAGCCGGGAAUGCUGCGGCGGCUGCUCAGGCUGAGGGUGCUGGGGAUGAUAAGUAG